CAGAUUCCUUUGUCUAAUAUUAAUGAAUUCUCCAUUGUGAAUCCAAUCAGUCAUUUAAAAGGUUUAGCUCCGGUUAAUAUUUCCAUGGAUCGUUGGACAGGAAUCUUGAAGGUGCCAUUGUACACUAAUAGCACCACUUAUUAUCGAGUUGCUGCUUCUCUUUGCCUCUCUCCUUCUACUAAUAAAUCUCUCUCUGUGCCUGCUGCAAAUGCUAUUUUUUUCAACGGAGAUAAGAUUGAAGGGACAGGAAAUCCAGUGAUUGAGAGGCUAUCUGACCUGCAGAAAAUUGCUGAAAUCUUGGUUUCAAAAUUUGGGAAUUCUAUCAAUGCUUGGGUUGUUGAGGCACCUGUAUUCAAUGGACCUUUUGCGGUUUAUAAGGACUUUAUCCCUUCUGUCAAUGAAUAUGGAGAGCCAAAAUCUUAUGACGCAGAUGGUUUCCCUGCAUCUUCCUCCAUUGUCUUGCUUUUAUGGAAUUGCCUGAAAGAGGUAUUAUUGCUCGAAGUACUUGCCUUGGUCUUUCACUGAUCACCAUGUACUACUUUUUAGUUAAGUUAGUUCAACUUGAUUGAAAUAGAAAACUUAAGGUAAUGAUCCUUGUUAGAGUCUCGGAAUAGAUUGUAAAGUCUUUUUGGCCCUCUAAAUAGAUUGUAAGUCUUUUCGGCCCUAGGAAGCUAUUUCUGCAGUUUCUUGUAGCGACUAUGUCCAUCUUGGCUCUGUAAUUUAGGUAAAUAUCACACUAUUCUCAAGAAAAACCUAAAUAAGCCCAAAGUAAAGGGUUUGACCAUUUACCUGUAGUCUAUCUAGUGAAGGAAGAAGUCCUUUGGGCUGUUUUGACUAGACAUUGCACUGAAAAUGUUUGUGGGAA